AACAUGGCUCGACCCAGUUCACCGCCACCGGGAUAUUCCGUGGAGCUCCGGGAUGAUAUAGCAAUACUAUGGAUGAACAAUGAUGAAAAUAGAUUUAAUCCACACACAGUUGGGGAAAUAAAUAAAUGUUUAGAUGAAGUCGAGAGGUCAUCAGCACAAGCCCUUAUCACAUCUGGCAUCGGCAAAUUUUUCAGUAAUGGUUUAGAUUUGGAUAAAUUAGGAGGCUUAUCCCUAGAAGAAGGAAUUCAAUUCAUAGGCCAGUUGUACGCAUUGUUGAUCCGUUUGAUGACGUUUCCUAUACCAACGAUAGCUGCCAUUAACGGUCACUGUUUUGCUGGUGGUGCGAUUUUCGCUCUCACUCAUGAUUAUCAAAUCAUGCGAACUCGGCAGGGAUGGUGGUCCUUCCCAGAAAUCCAUAUUAACCUUGCAUUCAAGGAUGCUAUGGCUAAUUUCUUAUUAUCAAAGCUUCCAUCACCAGCUAUAGCCAGGGAUAUGUUGAUAUUUGGAAAGCGAUACACGGCAGAGGAGUUAGUACAAAACAAAAUUAUCGAUGGCAUCAGUGUUCAAAGUGAGCUGAUUGAGGUGGCAACCCGCAAGGCUAGAGCGUGUCUUGGAAAGAACGGAUUUGAUCGAAGCAUGCUGCAAAUUAUGAAGCAGGAUAUUCACAAGAAUUCUAUCGACAAGUUUAUUGAAAGUGACUCUUACAAAGCCUUCAAGUCUAAAAUAUAGAUGGUGUUUUGUAUGCACGGCACAAAGAUGUCAAAGUUAUUAUGGAAUAAUUUGUUUGAAGCAAAUUAAAGCGGGGGAUCGUCACCUGCGCAUGUGUCAGAUGGCCAUAGCGUGUCAUUGUUUACAAACGUCUACCCAUGAGCCUUUGCAUUUUUAGCGUGUGUUGUUAUUAUUGCUUGGGACUCAAUUCCCACGCGUGCGCAGAUGACAACCCUCUCGCUUUAACAACAUAAAAUUGUGUAUAAAUGGCAGUGUCCUGAAUAAUUUCAAAAUAAUUUGAAAAAA